AUGGACGCACAAGCAGUCGCCUCGUCUAACAGCGCACCCCUGCUGCUGCUCAGCGCCGGCCGGCCGCGCAGCGUGUCGCCCGCCUCGCCCACGCACGAACUCACCGAUCUGCGCGGCGCGCGGCUGUUCCGCGCCAUCGGCCGGCGUCUCGGCCGCGAGACCGACGAGGACUCUUCGUCCUCGACCGACUCCGACUCGCGGUCCUCCUCGUCCGGGGCCUGCUCCGGCAGCGGCAGCGGCUCUUCUGGCAAGGGAGACAGCGCUACCGGCUCCUCUUCCGGCGCCAGCGGCAGUGGCAGCGACGACUCGGGCGUGGGCUUGAGUCCGCGCACCACAGGGCCGCCGAACGCCGGCGAUGCCUGCGGCCGCUCCGGCGCGCACGCCUUCCGCAAGGUGUUCCAGACGCUCACAAUCAACGCCCGCAGCCACAGCGCCAGCUGCGCCUCCAGCUCUUCGUCGCCCGCCACGCCGACGGGCCACGCCGGCCGCUCCAGCCGCCUCUCCGUGGCCGCCGCAGCCGCCGCCGCUCUCUCCUCUUCCUCCGCGGGGGGAAGAAAUGGCAGCGGAGGCAGCAACAAGAAGUCGCCGAAGCGCAUUCUGCGCUCGCCCGUCGCCUACACGUACGUGCGCGGCCUGUCCGGGCUGCCUACACAGCGCGUGCCGCGCGACUACCCCUGCGUGCUGCUACCGCAGCCGGCGUGCUGCAGCGGCAAGUACCCGACAGCACCCAGACACUUCGCCGGACACGGCCUCAACCGCUGAACGCCUUAGCUGCCUCUCUAUCGCUGCGCCAACGGCUGACCGCCGACGCACCGACGCCUCCAGGAAGACUACUCGUGAGGCUGUCGCACAUCUGUCGUGUUCGAGCGACCGCGCGGCAACACCGGUGCCCUCUACUCGCCACAGGGCGGCAUUAACUCGUCGACCACAGCGCUACGCUGUUUGCUGUACGUUCGUCAGACUGUCUUCGAGAGGCGCAGCUGUCCGCAUUCAGAGAAUGUAUACGAAACUUCACACCUAGAAGACCCACACUACGUUAUGUUAACGCAUUGUAUCCAGUGAUAGCUCAUUUUCUCUUUAAAAGUAAUACACAGCCUGAUAGAUAUUUUAGUACACAUUCUAUAUUGAUAUGAAUAGGGUAUUAUAAAUUCUAUACACUCCUCGCUCUUCUGAGAAGAUUACUCAAGGAUAUUUUCGCAAUUAUCAAGUGAAAAUUAUAUGCAGUGCUCUGAUUUGUACACUACUUUAAACGUUGUGCCUAAAAUACUUCGCGAUUUUUGCAAAGUAAAUGCACUGUUCUAGUAGAACACGUCUUAUAAUUUUUUACUGGAGUAUUAGAAGAAAAUAAGAGGAAGUGAUCACAUAUCGUGGAAGAAAUUCCGAGGUGAAUUUAAUCUAUCGUUUUCACUUGUUACUCAAAUGUAUAAGUAUCAAAUUAUUUGUGUCAAUUACUUAAAGUAGAAAUCACAGUAUUGUAACAAUUGUCACUGGAUGUAAACAUGAUACCUUCAACAACCAUUUAGUGCCUUAAAUGGAAUAGGUACAUCGUUCUCGGUAUAUGAUGUCUCAGGACAAUUUAUAGCAGGAAGUACUUCUUCGAUAUUGAAUUGUCUCUAAAAUAACAACACCAUGGAGUACAUCUGAAUAUCCAAAUAUAUUUUAUAUGUUUCAUCGUCUUAAAUGUAAUUUGGUUACACAUAUCUGAAAAAAAAAAUAGCAACAGAAACGUAAUGGCUGUUGCCUCAAAAUGAACUAAGAGUAGAUAAAGUGAUAUGUGAUACUGCUGUUGCAGAUAUUGUAUCCAAAAUAUAUCUAUUAUACGUAAACUGUAUACAUAAAACUUUAGAGGAGUUUGUAGCAAGCUCUAUAAGCAUGAAGCUGUGAAUAUUAGAACAUCAUAAUACGCAAUAAGUGAUGAUUCCCUGGUGUAGAAAUUAUAUAGCAAUUUCCAGUAUUAUAAACAGUAUCGAACCUUUACUUGUUACACAUAAGAAAAAUUUUGUA